AUCUUUCAAGUUUUCAACGAUUUUUCUGUGGUGUUCUGUUUUUGAGUGUAUUUAUUAGCAAAACGUAAUAUUUUUCCAGUGAAUAGUUUAUUAGUGAUCUAUUUAGCUGUGCGACGAAAUGGCGUCGUUGGAGAAAAGCAAACUAAAAGAAAAAAAUCAAAAUAUUCAAGUCUUUGUCAGACUGAGACCCCUAAACCAACGUGAGCGCUCAAUCCGUUCAUUGAGUGUUGUGGAAGUAUUGAACAACAGAGAGGUAUUGGUUCGCCAGUCUCAACAAACAGCACACACCAAGCGCUUCACAUUUGACCGUGCAUUCGGGCCAGCUGCUGAACAGGUGGAGGUGUACAAGGAGGUGGUAAGCCCUCUCAUUGCUGAAGUGCUAGCUGGAUAUAACUGCACAGUGUUCGCAUAUGGACAGACAGGCACUGGAAAAACUCACACCAUGGUCGGUGAGAGUUCCGGUGAAGGAUGUUCUUGGCAGAAUGACCCACUGGCCGGAAUGAUCCCUCGCGCCCUGAGCCACCUAUUCGACGAACUGCGCAUAUCGAAAACUGAGUACAAUGUACGCGUUUCCUACCUCGAACUCUACAACGAGGAGCUCUUCGACCUGCUCUCCUCAUCCAACGACAACUACAAACUAAGGAUUUACGAGGACGUCACGAGAAAGGGCUCGACUAUCGUGAAUGGGCUUGAAGAAAUUACGGUAUAUAACAAAAACGAAGUCUACGACAUCAUGGCGCGGGGUCAGGAAAGAAAGAAAGUCGCUUGCACCCUUUUGAAUUCACAGUCCAGCCGCUCGCACACAGUAUUCACAAUCGUAGUGCACAUCAAAGAGAACUCCCAAAAGGGCGAAGAGCUGGUCAAGAUCGGGAAACUCAACCUGGUGGACCUGGCAGGGUCAGAGAACAUCUCGAAGGCGGGCUCGGAUAACCCCGCGAAGAAAGAGCGCGCACGCGAGUGCGUCAACAUCAACCAAUCGUUGCUCACGCUGGGGCGAGUUAUCACGGCGCUCGUCGAGAAGCACCCGCAUAUACCGUACAGAGAAUCAAAGCUGACGCGUAUCCUCCAAGAGUCCUUAGGCGGUCGUACAAAGACCUCGAUUAUCGCAACCAUAUCGCCCGGUCACAAGGAUCUAGAAGAGACGAUGAGUACGUUGGAGUACGCCAACCGCGCCAAGAACAUCCAGAACAAGCCGGAGGUGAACCAGAAGUUGACGAAACAGGCGAUAUUGAAGGAGUUUGCUGAGGAAGUGGACAAGUUGAAGCGUGAAUUGCUUGCUACAAGGGAAAAGAAUGGCGUGUACCUGCCCACGGAGACGUACGAGGAGAUGACGGUGAAGGACGAGGAGCAGCGGCGCGAGAUCCAGGAGCUGCUGCUGAAGAAGCGCGCCAUGGAGGACGAGCGCGAGCGCAUGGAGGCCGUCUUCCGCCAGCUCGAGGAGCAGCACGCAAUGGCCAGGGACUCGCUGGCCGACACCAUGGACCGGCUCGACGCCACGGCCGCGCGGCUGGCCGCGGCGGAGCAGCAGCGCGCCGAGCGGCAGUGCCUGCUGGAGAGGCACGUGCGGACGGAGGACCAGCUCACGCAGCAGGCGCAGCAGCUCAUCGCCGCGGCGGACGCGGCCAGCGGCGACGUCGCCUGCCUGCACGACACGGUCGACCGGCGCAAAAACGUGGAGAGCGCGAAUCAGCAAACUGUGGCUGAGUACCGCGAACAGUCGACGGCGCAGCGCCAGAGCAUGCUCGGCGAGCUGCACACCUUGAGCGACAACUUCACGGCGGCGAGGGACCAGCUGCAGGCCACUAUUGGUGAGAUUGAAAAAUAA